UUAUUAGGUGUGCUCAUUUGAUUUUAAACUCUAAUAUUAUAUUAAAAUAUAUUAAAUUUAUAAAUAUAAAAUAUAAAAUUUAUAUUUCACAAAAUUAAUAAAUUUGUGUUAACAUCCUUUUAUGCUCGCGGAGCUCUAGUCUCCAACGUAGGUUUAACCCCCUGCCAAAACCCAACCGAUAGAAAACGAAGAGGACGAAGCAUCCAGCUCUUGAAGAGUUGAAGCUCAUUUUAAAUUUUAUUGCGAUUUUAUAAACUGGGCCGGGUAGUUCUCUUGUAUUAUCUUCAAUCGAUUUACAAUCUAUUCAUUUCAUCUUCUUUUCGCCACCGCAUUUAACAUGUGUGUUGUUUGUAUUGUAGAUGGAGCAACUGGUUAUGGCAUAUGAUUGCCCUGAAUUGUGAUUGUAAAUUGAAUUUCUACAUACACAAAAGGAGCAACAAGAGUGAGGUUUGAUGUUUCGUGGAAACUAUCUUACUUCCUCAGUUACUAAAACUAACCCUUUCUUAUCAGUUCUCUCCAAAAUCCCAUUGCUGUUGAUGUAUCAGAAUAAUUUGUACACUUACCGUCCACUUGUCCAUUACCAUACUUAUAAUUGUACCAAACCCAUUAUUGAUACUCUGCACAAUUCUAUGGACAAAAGAACACAUUUUUGCACCCUUGCUGUCUCCAGAACGUCAUCCACUCCUGAAUCCUCAAGGACAACUACUGUGACAGUCUCAAAUAAAUCAAAGAAGAAAGCACGCCGAGAAUCACCUGAGGGUUUACUUAGAAAGAAGCUAGAUAUGUGUUCCAAGCAUGGUGAUGUUGUUGAGGCGCUUUCCUUAUAUGAUGAGGCACGGAGUAAGAAUAUCAUGCUUAGCCAACACCACUAUAAUGCAUUGCUCUAUUUGUGUUCCUCUGGCGCCAAUGUUGAAUCCAACAGAGAUGGGAGUGAUGUGGAAGCCUCUAAUUUGGUCCUCAAAAGGGGCUUUGAGAUAUUUCAACAAAUGGUCAAAGAUAAAGUUUCUCCAAAUGAGGCUACAUUGACGAAUGUGGCAAGGCUGGCAGUUGCAAGAGAAGACCAUGACAUGGCUUUUGAUUUAGUGAAGCAGAUGAAAAGUUUCGGCAUUCCACCAAAGUUGAGAUCAUAUGGACCAGCUUUAUUUGGCUUUUGUAAGGUGGGGAAUGCACCUAAAGCUUAUGAAGUUUAUGCUCAUAUGACUGAAUCUGGGGUUAUGGCUGAAGAGCCUGAGCUUUCUGCUCUUUUAAAACUCAGUGCUGAUGUAAAUAAGGUAGAUAAAGUAUAUGAGAUGUUGCAUCAGUUGCGAGCUUCAGUGAGGCAAGUCUCGGAAUCAACUGUUGGGAUUAUCCAAGAUUGGUUUAACUCUGAGGAGGCUGCAAAAGUUGGGUUGGUGGAUUGGGAUGUCAGCAAAGUUAGAGAUGGAAUUGUUAUGGGUGGAGGUGGGUGGCAUGGACAAGGAUGGCUGGGGAGUGGUAAAUGGAGGGUUGAGAGAACUCAGAUGGAUAAGAAUGGUGUAUGCAGUUCGUGCAGUGAGAAGCUUGUUUCUAUUGACAUUGAUCCGAAAGAAACUGAAAACUUUGCCUGCUCGUUAUCGAACUUAGCUUGCCAACGAGAGGUUCAGGCUAAUUUUAUUAAGUUCCAGGAGUGGCUGGAUCGGCAUGGUCCAUUUGAUGCAGUUAUAGAUGGUGCCAAUGUUAGUCUUGUUGAUCAGCGUGAUUUCAACUUUUACCAGCUUAAUAAUGUUGUAAAAAUAUUACGAUCUAUGAGUCCAUCAAAUAGAUUGCCACUUGUUAUUUUGCAUAAAAGUCGUGUUAGUGGCGGUCCCGCUCGGAAUCCUAAAAACAUGCAGUUGUUAGAGUUUUGGAAAAAGUCUGGUGCUCUUUACACUACACCACCUGGUUCUAACGAUGAUUGGUACUGGUUAUAUGCUGCUGUUAGUAGUAAGUGUUUAUUGGUGACAAAUGAUGAGAUGAGAGACCACUUGUUCCAGUUGUUGGGGACUUCAUUUUUCCCAAGAUGGAAGGAAAAGCAUCAGGUUCGGCUGUCUGUCUCAAGUGGAGGACUUGAGCUGCACAUGCCACCUCCUUAUUCAAUUGUCAUUCAGGAAUCGGAGAAUGGUAGUUGGCAUGUCCCGACAAACAUAGGUGAUGACAUUGAGGCUCCAAGGCAAUGGUUGUGUGCCACCAGAAACAGAGAUUAAUUAUUUGCAUUCUGUGUAAACUGUUAUGUAUUCUUGCAUCCAUAUAAAAGAGGUUGGUCUGAGGAAAAGAGAGAGCUUUGGCAAGAUUCAAUUGCAAGUUCUGAAGAAUUAUUUAAACUAAAUAUUCAAUAAAUAAAUAUUGAGAAAUUGAUUGAA